AAAUAAAAAGAAAGCAAUCGAGAAAUUACAAAACAUUUGUAUUUUUAGUCUACACGUGUCCACAUCUUAUUUUGCACAUGUAUGUUGUUUUGUACAUGUGUCAUGUGUUAUUAUAUACGUAUGUUACUGUCUACGUGUGUGUAUUACUGUCUACAUGUGUGCUGUUUUGUACAUGUGUGUUCCUGAAAUAACUGCAGCAGGAAGAGGAGGCGCUGACCUCCUGCUGAGCUUCAGACUGUAACGGUCCGGAUCCAGAGACAGAGGAGGAGAGUCAGUCUGAGAACCAGGACCAGGAGAACCAGGACCAGGAGAACCAGGACCUCCGGCUGCCGCUUUAACUCGAACCAGAUGCUGAUUCUGAACCAAACUUCUCCGUUUUCCGUCUCAUUCCGCCGCCGAGGCUCCGUUACCGGGACCGAGAGGGUUAUUUACCGGGACCACGUUAACCUGAAGGCUGCCAGAACAGCUUUAACGGAACUUUCCGGUGUUUUUAACGGGAGCCGUUGUUUUUUAUCCUGGAAGUUUCCAGCAGAGUUUCGGAAAAAGACGCCGAAAAGUUGCGCACUUUGGACAAACUCUGAGGAGGAGGAGGAGGAGGAUGAAGAGCGGCGCCUCUCUGGACGGUCAUAUGGUUCUUAUUUGAACCACAUGAUCCCCCGGAGAACCUCAGGAGAACCUCUAGAGAACCUCUGUCCGCUCCGCUGCGUUAAACGUCUCCUGACCCUUUGUGUCGAUCAUCUGGAUUUAAUUCUCCUAGAAGAGUCUCAGGAGGAGAUCCAUGAAGGAGAACUUUAUUCCAGCUUUUAGUAAACUUCCAGAGUCUCCAAACGUCACCGACCUGUUGGAUCUAUCCUGAUUUAUUUGGAUUUAUCCUGACUUGUGAUGAAUUAAAGCUUCUCAGCCUCUUAAAACUCCCACAUUAAACCCUCCUCCACCAGAACCAAUCAGGAGCCUCCAUUAGUGUCACCUGGGAGCGGAGCUCAGGUGGAGGAUGCAGGUGAUGAAGGUGAGGAGGUGAAGCUCCUCCUCCUCCUCCUCCAUGCGGUGCCUCCUCCUCCGGGCCGCCGGGACGCUGCUCCGCCGCCGGUCUCUGUCCGGUCCGCUGCUGCUGCUCGGUGUGGCGGCGUGUCUCUUCUACCAGAGCCUGACGGCGGCCCGGAACCACCGGAACCGGCUCCGGUCCGGUCCGCAGCAGCAGCAGCAGAGGGAGGUCCGGACGGCGGCGGAGGACGUCCUGAUGGAGACCCGGGAGCUGGUGCGUUCUCUGGAGGACCUGCAGGCUCAGGUCCGGAUCUCGUCCCAGAGGCUCCUCCCCUCCAGGCGGCGCCGUUGGGCCGUGGUUCUGACGGGUCGGAGGCCGGUGUGGGACCCCGAGGUCCAGCUGUACCAGAGGGUUCUGCAGCAGACGGGCUUCCAGGUCCAGACGACCCGGUACGCAGAAACCAGCAGCUUCCUGAGACCGGGUGACGGUGGGUGGAGCCUCCUGCUGUGUCUCGGUUCUUCGGAGCAGAGUUGUCUCAGGAGGAUUUCCUUUUCUCAGCUGCAGCGUCAUCAGACGGUGAACCUGCUGCCUGGUCUGCUGGAGGCGUUCUCUGACGCAGGUGGAGGUGUGUGUCGCUUCUACAGCAGCUUACUGCCGACAGGAUCUGAUUUACCCAUGAGGCCGCACUCCUGUGGAUCGACCAGUCAGAUGCUGCAGAUUCCUCCAGACAGUGACUCACCUGUGGAAGCUCCUCCUCCUGCUCUGGUUGCCAUGGUGAAUGUUUACGCCCUGGUAACCUCGGUGAUGCCGCUGACCUCCUUCCUGCAUGACAUCAGCGUGGUGACGACCAAUCAGCAGCCGAGGGGUCGACCUGUGAAGCUCAGCGACUUCCUGCUGCAGCAGCUUGGACCAACCAACUGCCAUCAGGCCUUGGGGCAGGUGAAGCAGGUGAUAGGUGAGGUGCUGCAGGCAGCGACAGCCAAUGAGAUGCAGCGACCAAUCAGCAGGUGUGUUCUGUGUUUCCAGCUGCUCACCUUCACUCUGCUGUUCAGCGGUUCCAUCUCACCUGUGGUCGUCCAGGUGAACUCUGAUUGGACGUUUUCUUCUCUGAGCGAUGAAACUUUUGAAGGACAAAUAACCAAAGAUCUGAUCCUGGAGGACGUCAUGAACUUCCUGCUGCCGCUGAGGACACACCUGGAGACAGACACACACCUGGAGACAGACACACACCUGGAGACAGACACACACCUGGAGACAGACACACACCUGGAGACAGACACACACCUGGAGGACACACACCUGAAGACUGACACACACCUGGAGGACACACACCUGGAGACAGACACACACCUGAAGACUGACACACACCUGGAGACAGACACACACCUGGAGACAGACACACAGCUGUCCUCCUCAGAGACAAGGGAACAGCUCGGUUCCUGCAGAACGACUGAAUGUUUGUCAGAGAACCAACUUCUUGUUCUGCUGCAGUUUCAGCAGCAGAUUAAAACUCCAUCAGCGUUUCAGCUGAUCUGUCCCAGCAUUUCCUCUUCGUCUCCUUCGUCUCUCGGCAUCUCCAACCUUCUGUCAAGGAUCAUGAGUUUCUACGAGCUGCAGACAAACAUCAGCUGCAGGACUGACGAGGCGGAGGAACCGACCAAUCAGCAGCCGGCUCAGUCAUCUUCACAGAAUGAAGGUUCCUGUGUGGACCCCCAUCUCCGGCAGAUCUACACUGACCCCGCCCUCAGCUUGACUCCGUCCUUCAGUCCUCAGGUAAAGGAGUAUCGGGCCGAGGUGACCUUCGACACGGUGACCAUCAGAAUCCGUCCAGAACCGAUGAGUUCAGCCUGCAGCGUUCACCUGGACGAGCACCGAGGUCCCAGGAUGGCAAACUUCCCCGUCGGCCUUGGCAACAGCAGGAUCAGCAUCCUGGUGACGGAUGGCGCCGAUCCGGAGCCCAUCGUCAUGACGAUCUACACCGUCCACGUGUUCCGUGAGAGCCGGCCCAGCCUGCCCAUGUUUGGCGAUCAUGUGAUGUGCAGCUUCCUGCAGGACUGUGGUCUUCAGGUCCAACCGGGUCGGUUCUGUGGUCUUCAGCCUCACAUCAGUUCUGAGGGCCCAGAUCAGACCUGCAGCUCUGGAGACGUCCCAGGUCGGUGGGUGGUGCCGUGUCUCAGCUGUUCUGACAACAGGACGUGCGAUUGGAGGGAGGUUGCCUGGCAACCAGACGGCUGUUACCACCCGCUGGUGGACCGCCCCCUGCUGCAGGAGUGUAUGACGGACAGGAAGGUGAUGUUCAUCGGAGACUCGACCAAUCGGGGGAUGAUGUACUUCCUGAUGGAGCGGGUCAACUCUAGUCUGGAGGACUGGGGCAAAGCUCACGACACGCUGGUGUACCGGAACCUGAAUGGGGGGCGGAGCCUCGUCAGCUACUCCUACUAUCCUCAGUUCUGGUUGGGGAAGAAGCAGAGACCCACCUUCAGACGGGCUCUACUGCAGCUGCUCAACAGGUCGCGACCUCUGGAGAACUCCAACCGGACGGUUCUGGUGGUGGGCGGAGUCCAGUGGCUCAACAUGGGUCACCUGAGAACAGUCAGAGAGGUUCUGGAGAGAGAGUCUCUGGGGAACAUCCUGGUGGUGGUCAAGUCUUUGGGGAUGGGGUUCCACCUUCCAGUGGACGGGAUCCGGUCUCUCAGCCUGGCAGAGAUACAGACCCUGUACCAAGAGAAUGCCAACAUCAUCGCCACCGCAAAGCAUCAUGGGUACGAGGUCAUCGACACAUUCAGCAUCACGAUGGGUCGAUACAAAGAGUUCCUGCAGGGACGAUGUGCCUGCCACUUCCACGAGGUGGAGAAGCUCUGGUCCACUAAACCUCCCAGCGACACGUCGUCAACCACCAACAGGACCAGAACCUCACCUGGACUCAGCAGCCAAUUGGCCCUGUCGGACACGGACCAGGAGGUGGAGUCUAAGCCCUCCACCUAUCACGUGAGAGGACCAGUUAACCAGGUGUAUUCUGAGAUCCUGCUGAGCCGCAUUUGUCCCAAAACCAGAAACUGAAAACCUGGGAGGGAGAACAGGUGAGUCCUGCAGGUAGAACUCAACUGAGAGGGAGAACAGGUGAGUCCUGCAUGUAGAACUCACCUGUUCUGUCCAGGUUUAAGGACUCAGAGGAGGAAUUAUUGUGCUGUUUUCUCUGAUUCAGCAGAGCAGCAGAUGAAUGUAUGUAAAGUCAUCAGAAGUGAGUUAAACCUGUUUACCUGGUCAGGUAACCAGCAGCAGAGGAACUAAACUUUAAUACAGUGCCCCCUGUCUGCUCGCUCUGAUAAAUAGCUGCCUUAGUGCUGGAUCUGUCCCAGCUGUCUUUAAACAUGCUGUGGUCAGACCACUUCUUAAAAAACCCAACCUUGACCCUGCUGUUUUAUCUAAUGUUAGAACGGUCUCUCAUUUGCCGUUUUUAUCUAAGGUUUUUUGAAAAGAUUGUUUUUAUGCAGUUGCAACCUUUUCUAGAAUCUAACAGUAAUUUCAGUCUGGUUUUAGAACGCGUCACAGCACAGAAUCCGCUCUCCUUAAGGUGCACAAUGACAUUUUAUAAUCUGUGGACACUAAAAAGCCAGUACUCCUGGUGAUGUUGGAUCUUACAGCAGCUUUCAACACUGUGGACCACUCCAUACUCAUUUCUCGUUUAGCUCGUGUUGGUCUACAGGGUUCUGUUCUCCAGUGGUUCAGCUCCUACCUGAUGGACAGGACCUUUGCUAUGAUGCUUGAUGAUCACUCAUCUCUGCCUGCCUCGCUGUCAUCCGGGGUACCACAAGAGUCCAUCCUUGGACCAGUUCUGUUUUCAUUAUAUAUGCUGCCACUUGGAGCCAUCAUCGCUAAGCACAACCUGUCUUUCCACUUGUAUGCUUAUGACAUCCAGCUCUAUCUGCCUGUGCUCCCCAAUGCUGCAUCUGCUCUGGACUCUCUACAUAGCUGCUUAUCGGAUAUUAAACACUGGCUGGCCCAGAACUUUCUUCACUUGAACGAAAAUAAAACUGAAUAUAUCCUCUUUGCCCCCUCCGAUCUGCACCUCAACAUACUGUCCGGUUCAUCGCUGAGUUUCCCCGUCAGUAAUACAGUAAAAAACCUUGGAGUCAUUUUUGACAGCGAGUUGAGAUUUGACAGACAGAUUGUUUCCAUUGUCAAGGCUAGCUUCUUCCAGCUACGCCUCCUCACCAAGGUCAAGCCCUUCCUUUCUAAACGCGACCUGGAGAAGGCCAUUCACACUUUUAUCAGUUCUUGUAUUGAUUAUUGUAAUGCUCUCUAUUUUGGUGUCGCACAAUCGUCACUCCGUCGACUACAACUGGUUCAGAAUGCAGCUGCCCGUCUGUUAACCCGCACAUCCAGACACACUCACAUCACCCCCAUCCUCUCCGCCCUCCAUUGGCUCCCGGUCCAUCAUUGUAUUGAGUUUAAAAUUUUAACAUUUGUUUUUAAAGCCCUUCAUAGUCUAGCUCCUUUAUACAUAUCGGAGCUUUUAACCAUCCACCGCCCCAGUAGAGCCCUCCGGUCAUCGACGCAGAUGGUGCUGGAUGUGCCCAGGUCCCGGUAUAAGCAGUGGGGUGAUCGAUGCUUUGCUGUAGCUGCCCCAACACUCUGGAACGCGCUGCCACUGGAGCUCCGCGUUAUUACCAACCUGCAGCUUUUUAAGUCUAGAUUGAAAACCUAUCUAUUUAGACGUGCUUUCGAAUCCUAGUAUUGUUUUAUGGUUUUAUGGUUUUCUUAGUUUUGUGUUUUUUAUGGGUUCAGUGGUUUUAUAGUAAUCCAAAAAUGGUAUUGUUUUGUUUUAUUAUGCUGUUUGGAAAGCACUUUGGUCUUCAGUUAUGUUGUUGUAAAGUGCUCUACAAAUAAAUUUUGAUUGAUUGAUUGAUUGA